GAGAGCAGCUGCACGGCUGAAUGGCGGCGGCUGCGGACUCGUUCUCAGGCGGCCCCACGGCGGUGCGGCUGCCAAGGUCGCCGCCACUCAAGGUGCUGGCAGAGCAGCUGCGGCGAGAUGCGGAGGGCGGCCCGGGCGCGUGGCGCCUGUCUCGGGCGGCGGUGGGCCGCGGGCCGCUGGAGCUGGCGGUCGUGUGGAUGCAGGGCACGGUGGUGAUGGCGGACCGCGGCGAGGCCAGGCUGCGGGACCCGAGCGGGGCCUUCUCGGUCCGCGGCCUGGAGCGGGUGCCGCGCGGGCGGCCCUGCCUCGUCCCAGGGAAGUAUGUGAUGGUGAUGGGAGUGGUGCAGGCCUGCAGCCCCGAACCAUGCCUGCAGGCUGUGAAGAUGACAGACCUUUCUGAUAAUCCUAUCCAUGAAAGUAUGUGGGAGCUGGAAGUGGAAGAUCUACACCGGAAUAUUCCUUAGAUGAUCUUGAAACUGUCAUUAAAAACAACCAAAAUCCUGGAACGAUUUAGAAGCUUAUAAUGACGUGGAUUUCGUAGACAUUUUUCAGUGCGUAUUUUUCAAAAGUUUCUCAGAGAGCCUUGCUUUGGUUGACCAAGGAGUCUGGAUGUAGGAAUGUUUAAAUCCUGGGAUACUUCAGUGUUAGCCUCUGCUGCCCCUUGCUUUGCCUGUGUUUGCUGAUGAAAAGCAGAUGCUUUUGGCUUCCUGGUGUGUGUGUGUUAAUUCUCUCUCUUUUUCUCUUGGACACAGAGGUCUCAUGUUGCAUUUUCCAAAUUUUAUGCCUGAUGAUACUUUUUCCAUUACUGCUGCGUCCCUGUUUCACGAUGCAAAAUUUAUCUCAGUCAUUGCCCGUGGUGAUUGAAGUGUGGUUAUGGGCAGGAAGGCAGACUGUGUAAAAAAGGAAUGACAUGGCUCCUCAUCUUCUUCAUCAGCAACUACCAUAACCAGUUUGCAAGUUCAAAUGGCAUUUCCUAACAGCAGGCACCGUGGCCCCGGAAAGACAACAGCUCCCUUUCUGCUUUGGACACCACUCAAACAUUUAGAUACCACUAUAUCCAUUUCCCUUGGCUAGAGAAGAUGAUACCUACUUCCAUCACUCAGAAAUGUUGAGAUGUUUUCAGAAUUUCUUGUUGAAAUGAAAAACAUCAAGAUUAAGGAUGCCUUUCAGGCCUUAGCUAAACUUCCACUUCCUAACUUUGGGAGAGACAUGGCAAGCCUCCUGGUUUAGAGUUCUUUUGUCUUUUUGUAUGGAAUGACUUUGCUGUGAUUUGAAUGUUGGGUUUUUGCUGUCUGCUUAGUACCCAUGCCUGAUUUUUUGAGAUUGUACAUAUCAAGGGAGUUAGGUUAUGUUCUGACAUGGUUGUAGACUUUCACCAGGAUUAUUGAUAUUCUGCUUCUAAUAAAUUGUUUAAUAUGCUG